AUGAAGAGUCUGGUACGCUUGGACUUAGGGUUUUGUAGGAUGCUCAAGGAGCUGCCAGCAGAAGUGGGUAAAUUAGAAGCAUUAAAGCAACUCCUUCCACAAUAUUGUCCCAAAAUUUCUAUAGUGCCAGACAGUAUAGAAACUCUGCGGAAUCUAGAAAUUCUAGAUAUGAGGAGCAGUGGGAUAAAAAAAUUGCCAGAGAGUAUACGGGCUUUGCAAAAUCUAAAAAUUUUGGAGAUUAGUGAAACUAAGAUAAAAGAAUUACCAGAAAGUAUAGGGGCCUUGCGGAAUCUAGAAAUUCUGAAGAUUAGUGACACUCAGAUAAGUGAAUUACCGGAAAAUAUAGGGGGCUUGCAGAAUCUAGAAAUUCUAUAUAUUGGUUGGACUAGGUUAAAAAAAUUACCCAAUGGUAUUGGAAAGCUGACAAAGCUCCGAGAGCUAGAUGUUGCAUGCUCCAAUAUUUUUGAAGUACCAAAAAGCAUCAGUAAUCUUUCUUCCCUGCAAAGGCUGGAGUUUCAUCGUUGUAAGAAGCUGCAAUCGCUACCAGAGCUUCCUUCCAACUUAACGAGUUUGAGCGUCACCUGUCAAAGUCCUAGAUUGCCUUCACUUUCCUACCUGACCCAUCUUAAGAAACUCCAACUUUGGGACUGCAAAAUUCUUGAGUGCAUCUCGGAGCUUCCAUCGACAAUAUUAGAGCUUUCAGAAUGCUCCCACGUGACAGAUGUUGAAGAAUCAGAGUUACCAAAAUCCGUAAACACUCCCUUCAAUUUGAAAGAACUAUGGAUCUCGAAAUGCGAGGUUAUGCAAGUGCUGGAUGUUUCCCAAUUAAGCCAUCUGACGUAUUUAUUUGCCGAUAGUUGCUAUAAUUUACUUGAAAUUCGAGGUCUUGACAAAUUGAUAUAUUUGGAAACAUUGAUAAUCAAAAGUUGUAAUUCGAUUGAAAGGCUAGACCUUCCAAAAUUCGGCAGUGUAAAGGUGUUAUCUGUUGAAAAUUGCAGAAAAUUAGUCGAAAUUCAAGGCCUUGAUAGGCUGGAGUUCUUGGAAAGGCUGAAAAUCCGCGGGUGCAUUUCAAUUGAAAGGCUAAACCUUUCAAAAUCCACAAGUAUGAAGAAAUUAUAUGUUGAAAACUGUGAAAGAUUAGUGGAAAUUCAAGGCCUUGACAAGUUGGAGCUCUUGAAAGAACUAGGUAUCUCUGGUUGCCCUUCAAUUGAAAUGCGUGACCUUCCAAAAUCUGAGGGUCUAAAGAUAUUAAAUGCUGAAAAUAUGCAUGCCCCUAAAAAAGCAUGGGGACAUCUCAUGGAAGCGUCAACGAGGUUUCGGAAAAAAUGGACAGAAGACGACUAG